CGGGGGCGUGGUCUGCAGCGGCUAGGCUGUCCGCACCCCCAGCCCUCAGGGGAAUGGCGCUGGGGGUCCGGGGGCGCGGGGCCUCGGGGCAGGGUCUAACUUCAGAGACCCCGGUGACGGCCACAGCAUCGUCCAGUGCUGUGAGCUCCCGCCGCUUCCUGCUCUGGCUCUACCUGGUAGGCUUCUUGGAUCUGUUUGGUGUCAGCAUGGUUGUCCCAUUGUUGAAUCUUCAUGUCAGAUCCCUUGGAGUAAGUCCCGUCAUUGCUGGAAUAGUAGGCUCCUCCUAUGGCAUUUUGCAACUCUUCUCCAGCACCUUUGUGGGCUGCUGGAGUGAUGUGGUUGGAAGACGGUGCUCCUUGCUGGUGUGCAUUCUGCUCAGUGCCCUGGGCUACCUCCUCCUUGGAAUGUCCACCAAUGUGUUCCUGUUUACGCUGGCUAGAGUCCCUGUAGGUGUUUUUAAACACACACUCUCCAUCUCCAGAGCACUGCUUUCUGACCUGGUCACAGAGAAGGAGAGGCCACUUGUGCUGGGACAGUUCAACACAGCCUCAGGCGUGGGCUUCAUCUUGGGCCCAGUGGUUGGUGGGUAUCUGACUGAACUGGAUGGUGGAUUCUACGUGACAGCCUUCAUUUGCUGCUCUGUCUUCCUCCUCAAUGCUGGUCUAGUCUGGCUGUUACCUUGGAGAGAAACAAGCCUCAACAUCCCAGACAGUGGUUGGAGCUUGGAUCAGAAGCACGCUACAGUGACCAUAAAGUCAGAAAGUACACUGCAGGGAGCAGCCACCACCCCUGAGGCCAGGAGGAGUGGGAGGAACCUGCGGCCGCCCUGGGUUGAGGUCUUGUCAGCCUUGAAGGACAUGAAGAACCUGAUCUUCUCUGCACUGUGGGACGUCUUCCUCGUGCGCUUGCUGAUGGGGGUGGCCGUCAUGCUGUACUACAGUAACUUUGUCCUGGCCCUGGAGGAGCGUUUUGGGGUACGGCCCAAGACCACAGGGUACCUCAUCAGCUACACCAGUGCCCUGGGUACCCUGGCUGGCUUUGCUGUGGGGCCCAUUCUACGGCUAUACAAGCACAACUCACACAUGGUCCUCCUGCACUCCGGCGCACUCACCUGCCUGCUGCUGCUGCUCUACUCCACGACCAACUCCAUGGCCAUGGUGGUCUUGUCCUCCACUCUUCUGUCCUUCUCCACCACCAUUGGGAGAACCUGCAUCACAGACCUCCAGCUGAGUGUGGGCGGAGCCCAGGCCAGUGGCACCGUCAUAGGUGUGGGCCAGUCUGUGACUGCAGUGGGCCGCAUCCUUGCCCCACUGCUCUCCGGAGUGGCCCAGGAGAUCAGUCCCUGUGGCCCUCCAAGCCUGGGUGCUGCUUUAGCUCUGGUAGCUAUUUUAAUCAUGACUCUAUACAGACCUCCCUUCAGUGGGGAUGGGAGCGAGAGACUCAAACGGGAGUAGGAUUGGGACCACUUGGAGAAGCAGAUUUAGAACCAGGCAACUAGGGGACAAAGAUGGGCAUUUCAGAGAUAGUGGGUGGCCCAAGUGCAGUUAUUCCCAGAUGGCUGUGCCCGGUCUUCACCUGCACAGAAGUCAGCUGCAGAUAGGAAAGUUCAGACUGAGCCCAGCCCUGUCAGGGGUGACCAUGUCAGAAGCUUACCUGAAAGGCUUUUCUUCCUACCUGGGCACAGUAAAGUUAACAUUGCUUCUGGAAAAAGGCAGCAUGCUACAAGAGGUGGGAGAGUGACUUGGAAUGUGGAGGGAAGCCUCGGUGUUAAUCAUGGACUGGACAUCUGUCUGGAUUGUAGUUCCCUGUAAUCGAUGCAGCUGCUUUAUUUAAACCAGCCUGUUGCUUUCUCAGCUGGUAACAUCAGAUGCUGAGUCCUUACCCCCAGACAUUUAGAUACAUGGGCCUCACUGAGGUCAGACCUAUGGGCUUUUAAGGCCCAGUGGCCAUUUUUCACGGACUGGGGAGGAACACUGAGACAUGAAGGUUUUGAUUAAAGUAAAAAUUGGAGACUGCAGUGUUUUUAAUAGUUAACUACUAAACCUACUGAUCGCAACUGGGGCACAUCACCUUUCCCACCUCUCGGGACUCAGACUGCACCAGGCACAAGCAACUUUCAGGGCUGCCCUCUCUUCUCUUAGGGACUCAGUCACUUUGGACUCCGGACCCCCCCCCACCAGAGCCCCAACUUCUGGGACCCAAGAUCCACAUUCCGUAUAAUCUUCUUGACUAUUCCUCUAGUGUGUGAUUGCCCAUUUUCAACCUAACACAUGUAGUUGUGAGUGGUUCUUCAAUGCACUAAUUAUUCAUAACUCUAACGUUUUUAUUAUUUAUAAGUCAGAAAAAAUGAGGGGUUUGCAUAGUUUUAGGCAUUGUAUGUGGUAUAAACUCAAGUAUUUAUGACCGUUGGAAGUAUAUUUUAGCUUGAAAGCCAUCCCCCUUCCUCUCUGGCUGCGGGAAAACCAAUUCACUUUUAAGCUGUUUCCACUGUGAAUUUUAACACAGGCACAAAGAACUCUUGAGGGACCAAAGUGUGGCGCAGAUGGCCAUGUCCUCACGCAGCAUCUGAAUGUCAUGGAGAUGGGACUCAGAGGGACAAUGAUUAAACUGAUGGUAUGGCGUAAUGAAGUAAGAUUUCAAAGUGUUUCUACCAAGACUGUACCCUCAAAGACAGUGAACUUUUCUUACAAAUGCUUACGGAAGCCAUGUUUUUAUUCUUGAAACCGCAGCACUUUAUUUUUUAAGUGAAAUGAACUUAGUGAGUCUUUAAAAUUAAUAAGACCCAUGGAGAUACUGAAAACCCAAAUCGACCAGGAUCUGGAGAAACGCUUGCUACCCUGGAUUAGUGACUCUGGGAGUUGUUAAUGACUUUGGUGGGUUUUCUGCUCUGUCUUCUUAGUUGGUAAAUGGUUGCUCACGUUUCAUCUCGUCUGGUGUCUUGUUCAAAGUGUGGUCCAUAGACCACCGUGUCCUGGGAUACGCACAUGCUCCAGCCCAGGCGUAUUCCUGCUAGGGGCCACUCUGAGAAGGAGCCAUGUAGCCGAUUUGUUUACACAGAAAACUUUGGUGACCACUGGUCUGGUGAGUGGAGUUUAUAUCAUUUUAUCGGGCUAAAAUCUCAGGGAAAUUAAAUCUGUUCAGUUAAC